AGCGCCGAAGGGAACAGUGGCACUCUCAGGAAGGUCAGGGGCUCCCGCACCGCAGGAAAGCCUGAAACCGAGGUUCCCAGCCUCUCUUCUCCCAGACCAGGCCUUUCAGCGCGAGCCUCCCUCCUUUCCACCUUGUUUUGAUAACAAACCCGCGUGAGAAGGGAAGAAGCACGCGCCUCCCCGACGCAGGUAAUAGGCUGUGGGCGGGCUUCCCUCAGCCUGACUCAAUCAGAGCGAAGUAAGGGCGGAGCCUCCGGCCGGGAACGGAGAGCCAGCAGGGCAGGCGGCAAGAUGGCGGCCAUCGCUGAACAGGAGUUGCCGCCCCUCUGCCUGGAGCAACUGCCCACUGACCCGCUCUUGCUCAUCCUAAGCUUCCUGGAUUACAAGGACCUUAUGAGUUGCUGUUUUGUAAGUCGUAGAUUAAAUCAACUUUCAGUCCAUGAUCCAUUGUGGAAGAGGCAUUGUAAGAAAUACUGGCUUUUGUCUGAAGCUGAGAAGUCUCGAAGAAAUAAGAGCUGGAAAGCAAUUUUCAUAGAUAUGUAUGCUGAUUUAGGAAGAUACAUUCAGUAUUAUGCUACACUUAAAAAAGCCUGGGAUGAUUUGGAAAAAUAUUUGUUGCAGCAUUGUCCUCGGAUGAUUAGUUCUUUGAAAGAGAGCGUUCAGGAAGACGAUCUAGAUGCUGUGGAGGCACAGAUUGGUUGCAAAUUACCUGAUGAUUAUCGAUGUUCAUUUCGAAUCCAUAAUGGUCAGAAGCUAGUUGUUCCAGGGUUGAUGGGAAGCAUGGCACUCUCCAAUCACUAUCGCUCUGAAGAUUUGUUGGACAUUGACACGGCAGCUGGGGGUUUUCAGCAGCGACUAGGACUGAAGCAAUGCCUUCCCUUAACCUUUUGCAUUCACACUGGAUUGAGUCAGUAUAUGGCUCUGGAGAGCGUGGAGGGUCGCAAUAAUUAUGAAAUCUUCUACCAAUGUCCAGAUCAAAUGGCCCGUAAUCCAUCUGCAAUUGAUAUGUUUAUCACAGGUAAUUCUUAUUUGGAAUGGUUCACCUCCUAUGUAAACAAUGUAAUAACAGGUGGCUAUCCAAUCAUCCGAGACCAGAUUUUCAGAUAUGUUCAUGAAAAAGACUGUGUAGCAAAAACAGGAGAUAUUACUGUCUCAGUUUCCACAUCUUUCCUGCCUGAACUCAGUUCUGUACAUCCGCCUCAUUACUUCUUCACUUACAGAAUCAGAAUUGAGAUGUCCAAAGAUGCACUUCCAGAGAAGGCUUGUCAAUUAGACAGCCGGUAUUGGAGAAUAACAAAUGCCAAAGGUGAUGUGGAGGAGGUUCAGGGUCCUGGAGUAGUAGGAGAAUUUCCAAUAAUUAGUCCUGGUCGAGUCUAUGAGUAUACUAGUUGUACUACAUUUGCUACUACAUCAGGAUACAUGGAAGGAUACUAUACAUUCCACUGUCUGUACUACAAAGAUAGAUUUUUUAAUGUUACCAUUCCUAGAUUUCACAUGGUUUGCCCAACAUUCAAAGUAUCCAUAGCACGUAUGGAAACCAACCAUAAUGAUUGUGCUAUGGAUGAGGAUGAAGACUCAACGGAUACAGACGAAUAUGAAGAUAGACACAGAAUUCUAGACAUUCCCAUUCCUUCUGGGCGUUGUCCACGUCAGACCUGAUCAAACGUUUAAAAUAAUGUUUGGGGUUCUGUGGAUAGAUGAUUGUAUAUGUGUGUAUGUAUGCACACACAUACAUAUAUAUAAAUAUACACACCUGUGUGUGUAUGUAUCUGAUAAAUAAAUAAAAAAUAUUUCACAGCGGAGCAACUAAUAUGAAUGCUGGUACUGGUUCUGGCUUGUACCUGAUCAGGUAUACAAAAAAGAUUUUUAUCUUUUAUUUGUUUUUGAAGAUGAAUUUGUGAGGUAAAGAUGGAAAUGCAGUAGCAUGGGAAGCUUUAUUAUUCCAAAAAACUUUACAUUUGGGAGUGCUUUAGUACUGUACAUAUAAAAGUUAUUUAAAUGUAGAAUGGUGCUUGGUAUUCUUUUUUAUAUAAAACUGUAAUGGCAAAUAAAAUAGUAAUAAUAGGCAUGCCAUUUUUGCAACAGUUUUGUAUUGUUACCUCUGUCAUAAGUGAAUGAAAUAUUUGAAGUUUAUAUCUAUAACCUUUAGGUUAAAUUGGGUAUUCUUGUAUGUGUUAAAAUUAGGAUAUAUAGCAGGAAACUAAAAUGAUUAGAAAAAAGCUGGUCAUGUUUUUAAUCCUGCAUUCAUUCUCUGAUAAUAUAUAAGUCUUCUGCAGCUUUUCUUCACUUUGGUUGAGCUGGCCCAGAUUAUGAAAUGUUUGCCUCCUGAAAUGUGGGAUGUACCAUCUUGCCUAUUGCAUUUUCUCAUCUAUUAUAUAAUAUAAAUAUGUAAAGAGUUUGUUUUCCAUCCUUCAAAUGCCGUUUAUCUAUUGUAAUAAGUAAUUAGAAUUUUGAUUUAAAGAUAAACCUUCUGUCUUUCCUGAA